GCUCUGCAAACCAGCACGUCUGCGCCAAAGCAUCGACACUACCUGACAUCAAAUGCCUCUUUUUCUAUCCUCCAAGUGAAAAAAAAUCCCCGAAACUUUUUUGUUUGCGUUCUCUCUGAAGAUGGCAGAAAGCGAGGUGGACACACCGAGCACGCCGAUAGAGUACGAGAGCAAAUACUUCGAGCAUCAUGGAGUUCGCCUGCCUCCCUUCUGCAGGGGGAAGAUGGACGAGAUCGCCAACUUCUCCCUCAGAAGUAGCGACAUAUGGAUCGUUACUUACCCCAAAUCAGGCACGAGUUUGUUGCAGGAGGUAGUGUAUCUAGUCAGUCAGGGGGCGGACCCAGAUGAGAUUGGACUCAUGAAUAUUGAUGAGCAACUUCCAGUGUUGGAGUACCCACAGCCUGGAUUAGAUAUUAUCCAGGAGCUGACAUCACCUCGCCUGAUCAAAAGUCACCUGCCCUAUCGCUUCCUCCCCACGGCCAUGCACAACGGGGAGGGCAAGGUGAUCUACAUGGCCAGGAACCCCAAAGACCUGGUGGUUUCCUACUACCAGUUUCACCGUUCUUUAAGAACCAUGAGCUACCGUGGAACCUUCCAGGAGUUCUGCCGACGCUUCAUGAAUGACAAGUUGGGAUACGGCUCCUGGUUUGAGCAUGUGCAGGAGUUCUGGGAGCAUCGCAUGGACUCAAAUGUCCUCUUCCUGAAAUACGAGGAUAUGUACAAGGACCUGGGCACGCUGGUGGAGCAGCUGGCGCGGUUUCUGGGUGUCUCGUGUGAUAAGGCUCAGCUGGAGAGCAUGGUGGAGAGCUGCAAUCAGCUGAUUGAGCAGUGCUGCAACUCAGAGGCUUUGUCCAUCUGCAGGGGUCGUGUGGGCCUGUGGAAGGACAUCUUCACUGUGUCCAUGAACGACAAGUUUGAUGCUGUGUACCGACAGAAGAUGGGCAAGUCUGACCUGACCUUUGACUUUGGUCUGUGAAAAAGCCCCAUGGCCACUGGACUCUGCCAAUCAACCGAUCAACCAAUCAGACCACCUGCUCUGCUUGACACAAUCUGCACCUGCUAGAAUGGCCCAUCCGCUAAAGUCCAUUUUACCUGUCCUCGUUUCUCUCAUUCCAUCUCUGGCUUGACUUCGCUUAACAUGUGUUGUAAGAAGGUGCUCCUAGGUAGAGGUCUUGAAUCAGCAUGGCACGGGUAAUGUGAGAACGAUAUACCUGAUUCAAGGUCAGUGCGUAGGGGCAUUUCCUGCCCGGAGCUUCAUCUUGUGUGUUUGCAGUGUGUUCGUGUAUCAGCAGUGCUUUAGCCUGGUGACAAGUGUGAGUAAAAUGCUUGGUGCAUUGCAGAUUGUAUAGAGCUUUUCCUACAGUAUACAGUCCUAAAAAUGUGUAUUUAUCAAAAUAUGGGAAAGAAAUUAUUUAUAUUCUGUACACCAAAACCUCAUUACAAAAGUCGAGAGAGGAAUUCCAAGCUGUUUUUGUUUGGUUGAUGUUUGAGUUUCUUCAGAUUUGUGUAAUGAUUGGCUAGUUGCUGUAUUGUACACACCAGUGGCGGACUGUGACCUGUGCUAAUUUCUGCUACUACCCCUAUGGGAUUCUAGUAGUAUGCUAGCGCUAAGCCAACAGCGAUUCAUAUGAACAUGAACAUUUGAAGCUUAUAAAACACAUUCCAUGAUUCUAUUUGAAGCUUAUAACAGAUGUUAACUUAUAUGUUAUAAGAGUUUUACAGUUACAACUGAAUGAAACACUUUGGUCUGGAUGUAUCUAGGACUUCCAGAAGGCCUAGAGUGACAGGUUUUCUUGGUCAUUCUACAGAAACGUCCACUUUUUUAUGUAUGCA